AUGCUGAACUCGAUCUUCGGGACCGUCAGGCAGGCGGCGGGGGACACGGCGUACUGGGAGAAGCCGGAACGGUGUGGGUGGUUGAUGAAGCAGGGGGAGUACAUCAAGACGUGGCGGCGGCGCUGGUUCGUGCUCAAGGACGGCAAGAUCUUCUGGUUCAAGUUCGACCGCGUCACAAGGGACUCGGAGCCGCGAGGAGUCAUCGACGUUGGAAAGUGCCUCUCGGUCAAGGGCGCGGAGGAGACCAUCAACAAGCCGCAUUCGUUCGAGAUCGCGAUGCCGGGGGGCUCGCAGUUCUUCAUCGCGGACGAGGAAAAGGACAAGGAGGACUGGAUCAACGCCGUCGGACGCGCCAUCGUGCGCCACUCGCGGUCCCUGCUCGACCACGACGUCCAGGACUACCAGUCGUAG